GCGCACACGGGGCGGAGGAAGCACACAAACACAAGUGCCCCCGCCGCCCGAUAAGACGCGCUGUGAGACGGAUUACUGUUUCCAUACGAGUCGCUCAAAGAAAUAAUAAUCUAUCCGUUUACCGGACGUUGUUGCGCGUAAAGAGCAGUUGCUUGUAACUUAUUCCAAGACUGUCCACUCCGGUGCACUAGAUGGCGAUGUGUACAUCCGAUGGUGAUUUACGACGCGCCAAUAAACACAGAGAAGAAGAAAAAGACAAAUUGUCGUGGCUCUCUUCCGGUGAACUACCGGUGCUCACAACAAGUUAACAUAGCCGCUGAAUACGGCGACGUGAAAUCUGCUGCUGUUCGGUCGUAGCUACGUAAAGGCACAUCUGAUUACAGGAGGAAGAAGAAGAUUUUUGGUGAUAUGGGAGAUCCUGCUCUUCACAGAGACUGUCCCCUCGACUGUAAGGUUUAUGUUGGAAAUCUAGGAAACAAUGGAAACAAGACUGAAUUGGAAAGGGCCUUUGGAUACUAUGGCCCUUUAAGAAGUGUUUGGGUUGCUAGGAAUCCACCAGGUUUUGCUUUCGUAGAGUUUGAAGAUGCCAGAGAUGCAUCAGAUGCCGUGAGAGAAAUGGACGGAAGGAAUAUGUGUGGCUGUCGACUACGUGUGGAGUUAUCCACUGGGGAAAAGCGUUCUAGGAGCCGUGGCCCUCCUCCAUCCUGGAAUAGACGCCCUCGAGAUGAUGUCAGGCGACGUAGUCCUGCAGCGAGGCGCAGAUCACCAAAGAAGAGGAGCCUCAGCCGCAGUCGCAGCAGGUCUCUCUCAAGAGACAAACGCAAAUAUCGGUCUCUCUCCAGAGACAAGACUCGCAAGCACUCAAGAUCCUGCUCACGGUCAAGGAGUAAGUCCCGGUCUACCGAGAGGAAAUGAAGACUUCACAGAUUGAUUCAUCUGCGGGAUCCUGCUAUGGUUGUGAAAAUACAGAUUUUUAUAAUCAUGCUUUUCUUUUUAGAUUUUGUUUGUCAGCUUACACCUUUCGAAGGUCAGCUUGUUACAUGUGGUGUAAUGGCAGUCUUUUGAAUUAACAACAAAUGGUGUUUUUCUUCAACAUAUUUUGCUAUCGAAUUGACUGUUUACAUGAAACAAAUUUUUUCUUACCCUGCAUGUUCUGAAAUUAAAUACUGGGUUUAGUUUUAAGUUUAUAUCAUGUUAUGUUUUAACUGCUUCACUGAAUUAAAGUACACUUGAUGCUUUUAUUUGUUUUUAUUUGGGUUUCUUACUUUUUUUGGUUGACACUUAAAUUACUUUUGAUGGGUUGCUGUUAUAUGCAUCACCAGUACACAGAGCAUACCUGUGAUGGAGAACAGACUCUGAACGAGUGUUGUAAAUACUGUGGCUGUUAUUUGCAGGUUAUUCUCAAAGUCUAAAACAUCAGCUGUGAUUAUUUUGUUUUUUGUUUUUAACUAGAUGUCACUUUUGCAAAAGACGCAUUUGCUCUAUUCUUUGCUUGAUUCUCUGAAGUUCUGACAAUUCGUGCUGAUGCUGUCAAACUUCUUGUUCAAUAAAUGUUUUUUUUCAAGGUGAAA